GGCCAACUCGAAGCGGACGAGCGCGCGACACAUGAGGAGGAGGCGAACUCGCGGCGCGAGUUCGGACGAAGAGGAGCAGCAGCCAGCGGCCACCAGUAUAAAUCUCCUACGGGGAAUGCAGCUUCGGGAUCGUCGUCUGCGGCCGCGGACGGCCGCUACGCUCCGAGAGACAUGACGCGAUGAUCGUCGAGGCACCUGGUGCAUCCGCCCUGAUCGCCGCACCACCACGCCGCCGACGCCGCCGUCGCCGCCGUUCGCGUCCUCUCCUCUCUCUCUCUCUUUCUCUCUUUUCUCUCUAUCUCUCUCUCUCUUGUUCUCUCGCGGCCCGUGUGUGUAUCGUGCACCGCCCGUAGCACCGGCCCCCGCAGAGUGUCACGGAUAAGUUUCUCGUCGUGAAAACGCGCCAGCCAAAACGAGAAUCAUGGGUGAUGUGCACGGGCUUCUUCUAGUUAGUGACCUCGGCCAGGAGGAUACCGCCUGGGAGGACGUCGGGACAUCGGCAGCCGUCGACAUUGCCACGCUCCGCGGGAAAUACUACUGGCAAAACUACGAGUCACUGGAGCGUCGUCAACACAACGCCGAAGCUUCGCUUUCUUCUACACGGCGUCGCCGAAUCACCGCGAAGCAAUCCAAGCUGAACGUUUUCAGAACGCAUUCGAGCGAUCUGCAGAGAAGUGAACAGCCAAAAACACAUGUAACGUCACGACGCAGCUUCACCGUCAUCGGCGUUCUCCAUCUGCUCGUCUUGGUUGGCCUUUUCGCCCUCGGCACCGCCGAGGCGCGGACUUUCUGCCCUAACGGCUGUACCUGCGACGAUGACACCUUAGUGGUUUCCUGCGUGGGCGCCAAUCUGGACGUGAUACCUAUUGCAUUGAAUCCCAGCAUCCAACGAAUAGUGCUGAAGGAGAAUCGCAUCAAGAUCGUGGACGCAGCAGCCUUCCAGUUCUACGGCGAUCUGAAAAACGUCGAUCUGUCCAGCAACCACCUGUUCACUAUACCUAACGGCAGUUUUGACGCUCAACGACACCUUGUGGAGCUCCAUUUGAAGCACAACAAGAUCUCGGCGCUGACCGAGAAGACGUUCCAGGGUCUGAAAUCCCUCACGGUGUUGAAUCUGCGGGAUAACUACCUGGAGACGCUGAAGAACGGCCUGUUCGCUUACUUGUCGAAGCUCGAGGAGCUUGAUUUGGGUCAGAAUCGCAUAUCGAAGGUGGAACCAGGCGCGUUUCAGAAAUUAGGCACCCUUCGGGUGCUGUAUCUCGACGAUAAUCAAUUGCGAACUGUUCCAUCGCCAGCUCUGGCACCAUUGAAUGCCCUCGCCGAGCUUCACAUCGGUUGGAACGCUUUCUCCUCGUUGCCGGACGACGCGUUCAAGGGUCUCGAGCAAUUGGCGGUGCUAGACAUCAUGGGCGCCGGUCUGGAUAACAUCAGCGAUGGAGCGUUUCGCGGCCUGAAUGCCCUCCGUACGUUGAAACUUGGCGCUAACAAACUGCGCGAAGUACCGACGAAACAGUUGGCGGUGUUGCCACGCCUUGAGGAGCUUACCUUAGGCCAGAACUUCUUCACGAUCCUGCGGUCAGGAGCCUUCCAAGGUCUAUCGACGUUGAAGAAGCUCGAUGUAUCCGGCGCCAAGCUGCUUACUACCGUGGAGAAGGGAGCCUUCUCGGACAACGCUAAUCUGGAGACUCUUGUAUUAAACAGUAAUAAACGGUUGGCUGUUAUGGAGGAGGGUUCUCUGGCCGGUUUACCAAAUCUGAGGCAUCUAAUGCUACGUGACAACGCCUUUAUCACAUUCUCGGAGUCGCUGGUCGCUUGGAACGAAUUGCGCCGUCUGGAUCUCAGUGAGAAUCCAUUAGUGUGUGACUGCAGUCAAUUAUGGCUGGCUGAGAUACUCGUCCCGAGAAACUCAAGCCCAGUGAUAUGCGCCGAGCCGCCCGAAUCCAAGAGCAAGCCCAUCAAGGGCAUGACCGCGGACGAGUUGGGCUGCGCCUUCUCGGAUUCACGCAAGCAGGUGCUGCUGGUGACGGUGUGCACCACAGGACUGGGCCUCUUCUUUGGUCUCAUAAUACUCUUGUACUACCGAUAUCGCAGACGCGUGCGAGACGCGCUCAAAGACUACAAGUGGAAGAACCGUGCGAUAUCACGAAAAGAGCACGAGUACCAGAAGACCUUCUCCGAUGACGAAUACAUUGUCCGUUCGGCGCACGCCCAUCAUCAUCACCAUCAUCAUCAAACACCGCCGUCUCAACCGGUGCCCACGCAUCACCAUCAUCAUCACCUUCAGCAACUGCAACAGCAGCAACAGCAACAGCAGCAGCAUGCUCAGAUAGCAGCCGGUAUCAAGCCAAUACCGGUGACGGAGCUGUAGCUAGAACUACGGGCGGCGAGCCCCGGGACCGGUGGAGUUUGGUUCCUGCCUCAUAGCAGCACCACCCUCGCCG